AUGGGGUUCUUCCAGAAUUUCUUGCCGGAAAAGGACCGCUAUGCAGCGCUAUUGCUAUACGGCAUGGUCUUCUCCACAUGUUUCAACGGGUACGAUGCAGGCAUCAUGACGGUCAUCUUGGCAGAUAAGCAAUUCAUACAGUACUACAAUGUCGAUGCAUCACGCACCGGGACCAUUGCAGCUGCGCCAUGGGCAACCACAGGCCUCGCGCAGCUCUUUGUCGGCGGAACGCUUGCUAAUCUGGUCGGACGACUAUGGGCACUUCGCAUCUCCAUCAGUGUCAUGAUCAUUGGCGUCAUCGUUCAGAGUGUCCCUAAUACAUGGGGUGUGCUCAUAUUGGGCCGUCUCCUGACUGGACUUGGGUUCGGAUGUGUUUACAUUGCAACAUCUCUCUACGUCGCCGAGUGCUCCCCUCGCUUACUGAGGGGAAGCUUUGUCGGUACCGUUACACAGUUUGGGUACCAACUAGGCACUUUUAUCGCAUUUUGGGCUGGAUAUGGCAUGAGCUUUUAUACUUCGCCUUUCAACAUUGCGUGGCGUGUGUCCAACGUAAUUCAGAUUCCCAUUGGCGUGGCGUUCAUAAUUCUCAGCUUUUGGUAUCCCGAGUCUCCUCGAUGGUUGUUGGAGAAAUAUCCGGAAAACCCAGAUCAAGUUUUGCAAGUCAUUUGCAAAUUGAGAAUGGGCACCCCUGAAUCUGAUCAUGUUCGAGCCGAGUUUCAUGAGUUGCUGGCUGCAAAGGAGGCACGCAAGCACUACGAUACCGGCUAUACUGGCCUCUUCAAAUCAGCAGGCAUGCGGAAGCGUCUUCUUUACGGUCUGUACGCAACUGCGCUGCAGCAGGCUGGAGGAAUAGCAGCACUCACCAUGUAUGCAACGCUUAUCUACCAAUCCUUGGGAUGGAAUGAAGGUCAUCAGGCUCUCGCCAUCAACGGUAUCCAGGCUGCUCUGCAGCUCGUUAUUGUUCUAGUCAAUACCUUUACGGUCGAUCGCUUUGGCCGAAGAGCCCUUCUAAUCGCAGGCUUCGCCAUCCAGGCUACGGCACUACUGAUUCUGGCCUCGCUGUGUACAUCGUUCCCCGAUAACUCCAACAGAGCGGCCGCGGUAGUGGAAAUAGCCAUGUUGUUCAUCGUUGGACUCACGUACUGCUGGUCCAACGGCCCAAUCCCACCAGCUAUUGCCUCAGAGAUCUUCCCGCAAGAGGUUCGCGACAAGGCAUUCGGAUUCUCAUUGCUGGGGCAGACCGCCUGUCUGUUGGCCUUGACGCAGCCGUGGCCAACAUUCAAUGCCGAGGUCGGCGGGCGGAGCUACUGGCUCCUCUUUGGGCUCAACACAUUACUCCUGAUUUCUGUGAUAUUCAUUCUGCCAGAAACCAAAGGCAUUUCACUCGAAAGGAUGGAUAAGAUAUUUGGAGAAGUCGAUGCCGUCGAGGUUGGUGAACAUGACGUCGGCGCAGAAAAGAUCGAGGUUGAGGUCUACUCGCACAUCGAGACCAAGGGUAGUCAGAAGCCCGUGCCAGCCGAAGCUCCUCAAGAUAAGGGUGACUUGAACAAGGAGGCGUGA